CAAUGUCAGUUUUAAAGGGGCGAUGAAAAUAAACAUGGAGUUGUAGGGUAAUUGAAUUUAAGAAUUAUUUAUAAAAUGUAACAACUGAACAGUUUAAACAUAUAAAGAUUUAUCUACCGGCUAGUGAUUUUUUAAAUAUAUUGCAUUAGUGUCUAAGUACAAAGCUCUUUUGCAAUAUCAAGACAAUAGUUAAUUUUGUUAUAAAAAUAAUUAAUGUGAUUUCAAAAUGACGGUGGCACUUCUUAAAAAUCCUCAAAUGCAGUUCGGAGCCAUUACUUUCUUCGCAAAACAGCAUAAGGAAGAUACUUGUGGAAGUAAUGGUCUACCUCUCACUCCAAACUCUAUUAUAAUAUAUGGCAGGGCCCAAAUCCUAAAAACUAUAAGGAAUCCGUACCUGUGUCAGUAUUUAGAUAUAAUUAGGGGUAAACAUGAAAGAACAAUAGUUGUAUCGCAAUUUUGUGGAACUCCCUUAUCCAGUUAUAUUGAAAAAGAAAAGUUCAGUAUUGAUGAAAUAAAAAAAAUUGGAUUUCAAAUUUUAUCAGGUUUACAAGAACUCCACAACAGAAAAAUCGUCCAUCGAAAUUUGAGUAGCGAUAAUGUCCUAUUGCAAGAUGGUAAUGUUAAAUUAUUUAAUUAUGGAUUAUAUUAUAUGACAGACAAUGGGAAAUUAGUGUCUUUUCCUAUAAUGCAAAUAUUAUAUACAGCUCCAGAAGUGUAUUUAGAUAGCCCGAAGAGUAAUUUUGCUUAUCCAAAAAUGGAUAUAUGGUCAGUAGGCAUAAUUUUAGCUGAACUGGCCUUAAAGAAACAUUUGUGGCAUUCCUUAAAACUCGGUCAACGAAUACGAAAAAUAUUGAGUCUUGUGCAGUCUAACGGCUCGAUAUUUGAAAGAAUAGCUAGAGAACAUAAUUGCUAUGAAUUAUAUUCGGAACUACCGGAAGAAUUAAAAAAUAUUAUAGAUUCUUGCCUAAGCAUUUAUCCAAAAGAUAGACCGACUUGUGAUGAGCUGCUUGAAAAAGAUAUGUUCAACGAAUAUAAAAAUCUGGGGAAAAUAGAAAAGGGAAGGUUCUUCGAACCUUACGAAAUUUUCACCAUCAAUGAAUUGUACCACUGGUGGCAGCUUGCCGGAGGAGACGUUUUGCAAGAACUUAAAAAGCAGGGACUUAUAAGAUCUAGUCCGCCGAUUCUGUCUCUCCCACAUUUAGUUCUAAUUGAAGGAAACGUGCUGGGUCAAGAAAGAAACCCAGCCACCUUAUACGAUCCACGGAUUGUCAAAAUGCCUCUGGACUCUCUAUAUCAGAGGUUUGAACACAUUCCGUUUGUCUGCUACUACCCCUUAAUUCAGUGUAAAUCCGACAUAAUAGCACAGAUCGAACCUCCACCGUACGACGCCAGCGGUUUGCCUCUUAUCAUCAAAGAAAGGGACCCGGAAUAUCAAUUUCAUCGGGUGAUAUUGCUCCGCAGAUUGUUACAUGGAUACCCCUUUACGCGGGACCUAAUCGUUCAAGAGGCCGAAAAAGACAUACCUCCUCUGCUUAGGGGAGAAAUUUGGGCUGCCCUGUUGCACGUUAAAGGGGAUUACAAGAAACAGUAUUUGAGGAUUGAUAAAACUACGUCCACAGCAACCGAUAGACAGAUAGAAGUAGACAUUCCCAGGUGCCACCAGUACAACGAAUUGUUGUCUUCUACCGAGGGACACAAGAAAUUAAAGAGGAUCCUGAAGGCUUGGGUUUACAAAAACACCCAGUAUGUAUACUGGCAGGGGCUGGAUUCUCUCACAGCUCCAUUUAUUUAUCUCAAUUUUAAUGACGAAGCCAAAGCGUUUGCGUGUCUCUCCGAAUUUGUGCCAAAAUACUUGCACAAGUUUUUCCUCAAAGACAACUCUAUGGUCAUCGAGGAAUAUCUGGCAAAGUUCUCCCAACUUAUAGCAUUUCACGACCCGGCUCUUGCCAACCACCUGUACGAAAUAAACUUCUACCCCCAGCUGUUCGCCAUUCCCUGGUUUCUGACACUUUUCUCACAUGUGUUUCCUCUCUACAAAAUCCUACACCUGUGGGACAAGGUGCUGUUGGGAGAUUCGUCGUAUUCGUUACACAUAGGACUGUCCGUUCUUACACAGCUCAGAGAUCGAUUGUUAAACUCUGGAUUUAACGAGUGCAUUCUACUGUUUUCCGAUCUACCGGAAGUCGAUAUUGAAAAGUGUGUCACCCUGUCUACCAAUACAUUUCAAUUGACCCCGAAAAGCAUAACGGCGAGGGAGCACGAGAACGAGGAAUUCUGUAAAAAGAAUGAAUAUGACAUAUCUGGAGUUGCGUUAGAUGAUUUAAAGAGAGAAAGGUGUCCGAGGAUAAGUGCAACGGAUGUCGUUAGUUUAAUUAGAAACCACCCGGACCAAGUUUUAUUGGUAGAUAUAAGGAACUUAACCCAGUUUAACAGAUCCUCUGUAGUCGGUAGCGUCAACAUCCCAUUUUCCAGUGUUUCUUUCGGCGAGAAUAAAAUUGAAAACGUUGGUCAGCACAGCUCGGCUUUGAAGAACGCAAGAGGUAAAACUGUUGUCGUUAUUGGAAACGAAGAGACCGAUUUGGAAUUAUUUCCGACGUUUUUACUGAAAUGCAACGUGAAAAGGGUUUGCGUACUACACGGAGGAUUCAACGUUCUUCUUUCAAUUUCUCCCUCGAUAUUAGUUUCUCAGAGUCACAACAUAUGAUUGUUACAUUAAUUUCUAACAUUUAAUGUUGGAUGUUUUAUUCAAACGUUUAAGCGGCUCGUCAUACGUUCUUUUUCCUAAUUGCAUUUGCCAUCAGUAAGAUGGAUUGCUAGACGUCUUGAAUUUGUAAGUGUGUAAUUUCAUGUAGAAUUAAAAAAUUUACACUAAUUCUUGUUUGCGUCACACAAUGUGUAUAUUGAUAUGUUUAUAUAAAAUUGAGGAAAAUCAUUACAGAACGUAAUUUAUUGUAUAGAUAAAAUUUUCGUACUAUUUUAUAUGUAAAUUUUACCACCCA